AUGACUGUGGACGUAGAAUUAAAAACAUUUGCUGAUUUAGAAAUUUACAAUACAAAAAACAACAGUGAUUCUGCUAUUUUAACCAACGAUAAAGCUCAACAUGACAACGAACUAAAGAAGAAUACACUGGGAUUGGUACAUUGUAUUGCAAUGUCCAUUUCUGGAAUUGGUCCAACAUGUGGUAUAUUUUUUGUGGUUGGACAAAUUGCAAAGGUUGCAGGUGCAAAUGUACCAUUUACUUUAAUGCUUGCCACUAUAUGUUGUUUAUCGAUGGCAUCAACAAUCAGUACUUUUGGAAAAUAUGUAUAUAGUUCUGCUUCUUUCUAUUGCUAUGUAUCCGAAGGUUUAGGUGGAACAACCGGUUUCAUUACUGGUUGGUUCAUGCUUGUAGGUUAUGGAAUAUUAACUGUCCAAACUGUUGUUCAAUUCAGUAGUUGGACAGCCGAUGUAUUUACUAAUAAUUUGAAUAUCGAUUUCCCAUGGAUUGCUUGUGCUGUUUUCGUGCUGUUGUUCAUUGGAGCACUGGCAUUCAUUGGUAUUAACCCUGCGUUAAAAAUAAGUUUGGUGUUGGUUAGUUGCGAAACAGUGAUAUUGCUGGUGCUCACUACUAUCAUUGUCGCAAAGGGUGGUGACCAGGGAAAUUACCCACUGGCAUUCACGCCAGUCGGUAAAUACAGUGGUGGAUUCUCAGGUCUGAGUAGGGGUUUGGUCUUCUCGAUUCUGGUAUUCGUUGGUUUUGAAACCGCUGCCAUUUUGGGUGCAGAGACUAAAGAUCCUAAAAAGACGAUUCCUCGCGCAGUCGUCGGAAGUGUUUUGAUAACUGCAGUCUGGAUGAUUUGGGAUCUAUAA